AUGAAGGUCUACAUUUGUGUCUUGCUAUUGGCUGCAAUGGUUUUAGCCGAACCACCUCGGUACAGGCAAACUAAAUACAGAUUCGCAAGAGGAGAACUCGAAGAUUCUGAUUCAGGAAACGAAGACAAAGCGAAGGCUGAAGAAGCUCCAUACCCAGCAGCUGGUUAUAGACCUUCUAAAGAAUUUAAGUUACCAUCUCGGCAGGAAGUUGCUCCCCCAUCUACUUCUUAUGGUGUUCCUGAUGACAGCUAUGGAGCUCCAUUUAGAAUCGAGACUCGUCCUGAAAUUGAAUAUGGAGUACCACGCAGAAACGAAAUUAUGACAAAAAGAGGAGAAGAAAAUGAAGGCGAAGGCAAGGAUGGCGAGGAAAGCGAAAAGGGAAGUGAGAAUGGAAAUUCGGAAAAGAAUGAAGAUUCUGAAGGUGAAGGUGAAAGUGAAGUAGAAGAACUCAAAGGUGAAGGAAAGAAAAACGGUGAAGAAGGAGAAAAGAAAGGUGAAGGUGAAACGAAAGGAAAAUAUGAGGAAGAGCCUAAAGAUAACGAUGUGGUGAGUGAACAGGGCGCAUACUAUGUCCUUCUGCCUGGCUCUCAGUUGCAGAGAGUGCAAUACAAUACACAGAAUGAUCUAAAUAAGAUGGCAUACACUGCUCGUCUACAGUACAAAGAUGAAGAUCGUGCGCCACUGUUUAUCUACACUGCAGUUCCUGAUUACACGGUACCUCUGGCCCCUUACCAAUACCCAACCUCCGCAGCCUACUUCCAACUAUAUUAAACCUGUCGAAACCGUCAAAAACGUAGUGCCUAUUUUGUGACAAGUUCAUGCAAUUUAGAUUU